AUGUAAGAAGUAAAAGUAUUUUGGAGUUAAUUUCUAGACUUAUAAUACAUGUAGGUUUUCAUAUAGAUGAUAAAGUAGACUAAUUUUGUUAAUAAAGAGAAACAUUAUUAAAUUUAUUAAACCAAAAAUUCAAAAGCGGUGAUGUUAAUGAAAAAGAAAACAUUUUUCUAAUCUUAUAGGAAAUUUUUUAAGAAUUAGUUUAAUAAAGUAAACAUAACAAAGCACUUAAAACAUGCUAUAAUUAUAUUAAUAAUAUACAAUUUGUUUAAUCUUUUUUUGAUGUUAUUUCUGAUUAAAAUAAUUGUAUUCUUUCGGUUGGAUAUGCGGCUAAUAGUCUUAGUAUUUUAGUUGCUUAUUAUAAUUCUAAAAUAAAAUAACAUUGUGAUUAAUCUCAUGAAGUUUUAAAUGAAAAAAUAUUCGAAGAUGAUGAAGAAAUUGUAUUUCCAGCAGUUGAAUCAUUUAACUAAAGUACAGAAAUUUUAGUUAACUACCUUAAUAAUAAGGUAGAUGAUAAAAUUUAGACUUCAUAUAAAUAAUAAAUUACUCCUUUGGGUUUUGGAAAGCUUAAAAUAGCAGAACUUAUGGCACAUAUAUUUAAAAGCGAAAAUAUUUAAUUAAUUAAUAAAUUAAUAGAAGCUGGCUUGGUUAAAAUUUUAUAAAAUUUAAUGA